AUGUAUUGGAAACAAUCAAGCCCCCUCGUCACGGCAGUGUCAUUCAUGACCGCCCUACUCGUGCCAUCGGUGCAUGCUGUUGCUUCGCUGCCGUACCCCACACGGUCCAACUACCAUAUAAAGGGCAUACAGCCGGACUUCUGGCCCAACCAAGAUGAAAUAUCUGGCAAUAAUGCCGGUGGUGUUUCAAUGAACCUGCUCUGGUCGCAAUGGGAGCCCCGUGUGAAGCCAAGACCAUGCGGUGCUGGCGAACAGGAGUACGAUGGGCGAUGCUUCCUGAUCCAGGCCCAGGUGGACUCAGCAAUCAAAGGGUGGACGGACCGAGGCCUGGUAGUUACAGCCAUCGUUUAUGGCACUCCGCCGUGGGCUCGCGGUAAGCGGCGUUGCUCACCAGCAGCGCCGGGCAUGGACAUCUUUUGCGUGCCGGACAAUCCGGCGGACUUUGGACGAUUCGCAGGCAUGCUGGCUCAACGCUACAAUGGUCUUCGGGGCCACGGCAGAAUUGCCGACAUGGUCAUAGACAACGAGGUCAACACUUAUCAAUGGUUCAACAUAGGCUGCGGCCAAGGAGUUCCAUGCAACGCCAAUGAAUGGCUGGACCUAAUAGCAGCCAACUAUAAUGCGGCAUAUGACCGCAUUGUCGCAGAGCAACCUACCGCCAAGGUGUUGACUUCACUAGACCAUCAAUUCGGGAGAGAGUUUGACAAUCCCGGCCAAGGUCUUCUGUCAGGAAUGACGGUGAUUGAGGGCCUCGCAGCUCGUGCCGGGUCUCGCCAGUGGCGCGUCGCCUUCCACGCCUAUCCCCCGAACCUGUUCAUUCCUGCCUUCUCUGCGGAUGACUAUCCAAAAGUCACAUUUGGUAACGUUGGCGUGUUGGUUGGGUGGCUGCGACAACGCUUCCCAAACAAUCCCCAUGCAUGGGUCGUGCAACUGACUGAGAAUGGUAUCAACUCCGGUAGCCAGUCGAGUGAGGCGAGCCAGGCCGCCGCGCUAUGCCAGAGCUUUCGCAAUAUCCUCGGCACACCAGGAAUCGAGAGCUACAUAUACCACCGUAUGCAGGAUAACCAGGCUGAGGGAGGCCUGAUGCUUGGUCUUCGUAGAACGGAUGGCUCAAUCAAACCCUCAUGGACAACGUGGGCACUGGCGAAUCGCAACGAUAUCUCCCCUGCCCAAUUAUCUUGCGGCUUUGAGAACUUACCCUACGUUGCAUUGACCCGGGGCUACAAUCCUCAGAGAGGCCAUGUCGCGUCGACAAGACAGCUACCCGCAGGAUUCCAUGCUGAAAUGAGCUGGCGCUUGCUGCGUGGUCAACGGGGCGGCACUGUCAUGCUGUACGAAUGCAAGGUUGGAGGGCAUUCUAUGUUAUCUCGGGAUCCGGGAUGUGAGGGACAGUUCCCCUGGGGGCCUGUGGGAUACAUUUACGAGAAUCAGGCGGCUGGAUCUGUUCCCCUCUACCGCUGCUACAUCCCUCAAAACGGUGAUCAUUUCGUAUCCCCGAGAUCCGACUGCGAGGGACCAUACACCAGAGAGUCCUUGUUGGGCUAUGCAAUCCAAUGA